GCCACAAUCUUCUCCGUGAUGGUCUGAGUUUUCUUCUUCUCUUCCUCCCUGACCGCGGCCAACCUGGCCUCCUCCUCAAAGUCAAGGAAACAACGAAGCUCCUCAAAAUACUUCUUGAGCUUGCUUUCAACCUUCUCCCUCUGGACUUUGAUGUACUCUGCUUGUUCAUUGCAGGUCUCUCUACAGUCAUUAUAAUGUUUGAGUCGUGUUCUGUAGACCGUCCUGAAGUUUCACUUUGAGAUUUUGCUGCGCUUCACUAAGGGGACAGAACUUGUGGCCAACGUGGAUUUUUGCGUCUCUGCACAUAGGCACACGGGCUGCUGGUGGUCCAAACAAAAGAGUUUGCGUUCCUCUUGGUGCAAGCUGCAGAUAUCUUCUGACUUGACUGAGGCACAUGUCAUGUUUUCACACAGAUUCUUCAGUGCCAAGUUCAACGUUGGAUCCAUCGACCUAAAUCGUGUCUUACAGAUUGGACAUGAUUGCUCUCCUUUGUCCUUCCAUCGCCGCAGACACUCACGGCAGAAGCUGUGACUGCACGGCAGAAUGACAGGAUCUUUGAAGACGUCCAGACAGGUCGGACAUUGAAGAUGGUCCACCAGUGUUUCGGCCAUGGUUUUCGAGAAGACGCCGUCUCACCGUAUAAGCUUUCAAUGUUGACUUGAAGCAAUCCAGAAUGCCUUCUCGUAUGGUUUCGUUCUCGUGUUCUAUUUUGGAAUCUGGUGAUGUCAUUGGCCACGACAGCCGGGCUUACAUUCAUGAAGAAGAGGAUAUUCAAGUUGGUCCAGUUUCCAGUUGGCAGGCAGUCAACUCUAGAUGCUCACAUUUGAAACUGGGUUCUGUUCUAAAAGUACGUUCUGAGGUUUACUUUCCAAAUGUAUUGUCUAGUUACUAGCCGUGUCAAACAUUGCUAGGUAGAUUGUUAGACAGAUUGUUUCUGGUGCGCACCACAUUGCUUAAAUUUAUUUAGUUUCUGUCAAUGUCAUUUUAGGGGCUCAGUAUAAUCAACAAAACUCAGUAUUUUUUAUCUGCCAAUGAAAUCAAAUCCAUGUGAAAAAGAAGUAAGACAAAAAGUAAGCUUCUAUCUGACUUAAAAGUCCUUAUCCCCCCCCCCCAAAAAAAAAUUAAUCAUUUCGUUCAUUGAAUGACCCUCCUAACUAUAUCACAUAAUAUCAGGAUAAAAUAUAAAAAAGGACAUUUAAAUGUAGUGGCCAAAAGUAGCACGAUGACAAGAACAAUGAAACAGGAGGAUACAAUUGAACAAAAACAAAGUAUGUAUUAUGAAGGAAAAUAAACAAUGAUGGUGAAGAACAAGCACUUUAAAGUUCGAAGCAGAGUCAAUAUUGAUGAUGAGCAGAUUUGAUUUUAACCUGCUAGGUUGUUGUUUAAAAUCUUUUAAGUGAAAUAUGAAGUUUGCUCUGAUCAUGUUGGCUGGUACAAGCAUGUGACUAAAUGAUGUCAAGGCUGUGGUCGUGUCAAAUGUCCCGAACUACAUGAAGUUCAUGUCAUAAAGAUUAUGUACUCAACAUUUCAUCCAAAAUUGACUGGGAUGUGGCUUAAAACAUUUAGAGUCCACUAUAAUUGACGGCAUGCGCCGUUAGACCUUGUCUAGCUGGAUGAAGGGCCCGAGAGGCCCCUGUCCCUGGCCCCGUCCACGCCCAGGCGCUCCCCUUGCCCAGGUCCCUCCUCAUGCCCGGGUCCCUCCUUACGCCCAGGUGAGCCUGCCCCACCUGCCGCACCAUUGGGGCCGUCAAUCGUCCGAGCUUUUUUUUGUUCUUCUAGAACGCUUGCCCAGGAUUCGUCGCUUUUGCCCCGGGACCAAGGCCUUGAUGGAGAUCCGCAAAUAUCAGAAAAGCACCCGAGUCCUCUUACCACAGGCACCCUUCUUACACCUGUUCCCUGAGGUGUGCCAGACUGUCAUCAGACGUGAACUCAAGUGGCAGGUCUUUGCCCUAAUGGCACUUCAGGAGGCAACCGAAGCACUCUUGGUGUUGCUGUUUGGGGACGCUAACUUGUGCGCCAUCCACGCCAAGCGGGGCACUUUGUUUCCCCAGGACCUCUACUUGGCCCAUAUGAUUCGAUUGUCCAACGCCAUCUGAGCAUGACGGCCGCUCAACAUUUUUGUUUUUGUCCGAAUUUGUUUUGUAUUUUGUUAAUAAAGGGCACUAGAACGAAGAAGCGUCUCGUGGCUCGGCCUUGCCCACUUCCUCAUCGGGCGACUACUAACCUUUCCGACACGCUAUCAAAAUGCAUUUUCUCCCGUGCGGGUAUGAGCGUUUUUCUUUGCGGGCUUAAACAUUCAAAGCAAAGAGCAUCCUCGCUGUGACAUCCUUAGGCCAGCAUUGAUUUGCGAAUGGCACGGUGUCGAAACGUGUGAACUCAUCAACGGAACUAAACGUCCGAUCUAUUUGAAGCGAAAGUGCAGAUGGACAAAAAAAAAAGGACCGUUCAUUUGCCACUUCAUAUAGAUCGGACACUAGUGACAAAGGCUUUCUUAUGUUUGACACCCAAAAAGUUCCCAAAGUUUACACCAAAACAUGGGUUUUUUUGGGGAAAAAAAAGUCACAUUUUGAAAACGCUACUUGUCCUUCAGUUUUAGUUUAAAUCACAUAAUUUACACAAUAAAAAAUCAGGACA